AUGGCGAAGUUGUGGAAUCGUCAGGUGACGGAGGAAGAAGACUUCGAGAUCGCCCAGCAGAUAUGGGGUUAUUACAAGGCCGGAGCCAGGCUUUGGACCAAGGCGCAGCUCAGGGAUGCCGAGGAGCAGCUGCACCAGACGACGCCGUACAUCGUGAUGGACGGUAUCGACGGCAACAAGUUUCGGAUCCCGCGGACUACAGGAAUGGUGGUCAAAGGUGAAGAUGACAGGGUGGAACAUCUCGCCAUCGACUUCCGUCCCAUCCAGCGUCUGGUCCAGGGAAUGAAGUCCAGCGGGAGGGGACGACGUAUCAUGACCGCGUUCUCCACGGUCAUGCCGACCUGCGUCCGGGAGUACGGAAUGAGACCUGAAAGGUUGGACUCGGACGCGAUAUCGCACAUGUGGGACGAGUGUAUACGGAAGUGGUGCGCGGGCGCCACCCGCAAGGCUCUCGUCCACAGGUUAUAUAGUCUACCGCUGCCCGACGUCGGAGUGGAGAAGAUCAUAUGCUUCGGCCUGGGUGAUCUGGAUCGGGAUGAGCGCCCUUACUUUCAGCACGCGGCGGCGAUGAUCAUGGGCGAGAUCAUGACUGAGGUGAUGGAGAAAGAGGUCCCGGUGAUGCUGCAAGAUCCCGAUUAUUCCCCGGCAUCGAUAGAGGUCCUCCAAAAGCAUGGCUUCAAGAUUAUCGACGGCGGCGUCCGGGGUUUCAUUGAGCUCGACGAGACGACGAUGGUCUUCACGGUGGCACCGAACGUGCCCGUGAAGCAGCUUGUCACCGAGCUGGCCAGGCCUGCUGUCAUGAUCUGGAAUGCCGAGUUGGAUAUCCCGGCGAGAUCGAGCUUCAAGGGCAGACUGCCGGAUAUGGAGCCCGAAGAGGAAAAGGUGAUGAGGUACCAGGACACGGACCCGUUUGCGUCGCGGGUGGGUGACAUGCUCCGGGACGAGUACACCAAGUACGACUUCCCUCGAGAUAUCCAGAACUUCGGGAUCCUCGAGUUCGACAGCAUCAUGUCCGAGAAGCCACAAUCAUCCAACCCAGCCGACGAGAUCACACCGCACAUUCGAGAGAACGGCCAGUCAAGCCAAGAAAUGUCCAAGGAAAAGGUGCUUCUCGCACCAGAGGAGGGUGGAAAUUCAAAGAAGGGUAGGGGUCUGCUGCAUGUACCGUCGAGGUCUUCCUCGCAGCGCAAUCAAUCCUCUCCGACUUCGACAGGGCUGAGCGGAAUCACAGUCAGCGAUUCGAGAAACAGCAUCGGCGGACGAUCGAAAGAGUCCAAGGGCAGCAUUCUGGGACGCCAUCGAAAUGGCAGCGUCGGCAGCCACCGAUCCGGCAUUGAAACCGAACCGACCAACACCCCUGGCAACACCCAACCGAACUCCCCCGUGAAUCCCCCGCAAAAGAAGAAGAAGGGAGGUCUUUUCGCCCUUUUCGGCUGCUGCGGAGUCCCCGACAACGCAAACGCCAUCGAGAACGGCGACGACCCUGCCGUACACAAGCUCGACAAGCUGCCUGCGCGCCCGACAACUGCCAAGUCCCGACAGCCGACCCCACAGGAGCAACCGACCGCAACGAACAAGCCGCAAAUCCAGGAAAAGCAGCCCCAACCCGAACAACCAAUGACCGCCGGUAACGAGUACAAGGGUAAGCGCGUCUCCAACACGACUACCGCCGACGAUUCUACCGUCGGCGGUCAGGAGGGCUCCGAGUCGAAGCACGCGACCGCUGCCGGCACGGGUGCUAGCGCCAGUACCGCUGCGCCGGUAAUCACCGUCGAAAACACAAAGGGCGAGACGCUCCAGGAGGCGCAGCUUGAAGAGCCGGAAAAGAAGGAUGCCGAGGGAGACGAGGUGAUGCCGGACGCGACGCCCGAGCCCGAAGAGUCCAAGCAGCAAAUACCGCCGCCGGUCGAGGACGCGCCGACGAGUCAACAGCUUCCGGGGCCUCCUCCAGGGCCGGCCCCAGGCGCCAAUGCCGAGAACGGAUCUGUCGAUUUGGCCGGUCCCGUUAUUGCCGAGCAGAAAUUCCUACUGCCCGCUAUUGCUCCCGAACAUAAAGGCAGGAAAUGUCUUGUCCUCGAUUUGGACGAAACCCUGGUUCACAGUUCCUUCAAGAUCCUUCAUCAAGCCGAUUUCACUAUACCCGUAGAAAUCGAAGGCAAUUAUCAUAAUGUGUAUGUUAUCAAGAGACCGGGCGUGGAUCAGUUUAUGAAGCGCGUUGGCGAGCUCUACGAAGUGGUUGUCUUUACCGCGUCCGUCUCCAAGUAUGGCGACCCGCUCUUGGACCAGCUCGACAUUCACAAGGUCGUCCACCACAGGCUGUUCCGUGAGAGCUGCUACAAUCACCAAGGAAACUACGUCAAGGAUCUUUCCCAGGUGGGAAGAGACUUGAAGGAUACGAUCAUCAUCGACAACUCUCCCACGUCAUACAUCUUCCACCCUCAGCACGCCGUUCCAAUCAGCAGUUGGUUCUCUGACGCACACGACAACGAGCUGUUGGACUUGAUUCCCGUUCUAGAAGACCUUGCAAAGUCGGAUGUCCAGGACGUCAGCCUGGUUCUCGACUCUUCCCCCCGUGCCUCCUCUCCCGUUAACUCGCCCGCCGCCGCCUCCGGCGCGAGCGUCGCGCGUCCCUCCUCGCCCACUCCCCCCGGCGGACCCCGUACCGCCAUCCGCCGCCGCGCGGCCGCCGACCAGAAAGAGAAGAUUGCCAAUGCGCGCCCGAGCAGCACGAGGGCCGCCGGCGCCGGUGGCAGCAGCAGCACGAUGCUGAGGCUGUACACCGACGAGUCUCCCGGUCUCAAGGUCGACCCCGUUGUCGUCCUCGUGCUUUCCCUUGUCUUCAUCUUCAGCGUCGUUGCUCUUCACAUCAUUGCCAAGAUCACCCGGAAAUUCUCCAGCUAA